CAAUAAGUGUCAGGCCUGAAGAGAGGAGUUAGAAGUGCUGAACCAGGCUCAGUUAGGCUCUGACUAGGAAAGGAAAGAAGAUCUCUAGUUCUUGCUCAUUGAGAGUAGCCUGGCUGGAGUCAGGGAGCCGAGUGGGACUGCUGGUGGUAGACAUAAUCACUGAAGAAUGGUACAUCUACAAGGAGCCCAGUGCAGUUGGGAAUGAAUGGCAGGAAGAGAGUUUGCCCAGGAUUCUGAGCAGAGGCCUGUGAAGAGCAGGAAAACUCCUGAAAACAGCACAAGAGUGCCUGUAAUGUUGGAAACUGAUGUCUGAAGAACUGGGAUUUUCAGAAGUAUAAAUACCAGAUAAAACCAAAAAUAAACUCCAAUCUGGGAGUCCUGAUAGCAGUAACCAUCUGAAGAAAAUGAGACAGUUUGCAUUUGUGAUGGAAAUCAAUGGCACAAACAUCAGUGGUGUUCCAAGAAGUUGCCCUGUGGUCUUAUAACACUGUUGCCCCACACAGACACAUACUGAAGAGUAACAGGCACCACCUUCUCCAGCUUCCAGAAGGGAGGGAGAAUAAGAAGCACUGAGCCUUUACUUUUGCCUGAAUAGUUCUCAGAAAGGGACCAACCACAACAGCUCAAGACAGAUGAGUCCUAGGUCAUGGAACCAUCAGAACAAAUUGACUUACUGCCUCCUGACAACAUUGUAUUGAUAUCUCAAGGGAGAUAUAGAGAGACAGUACAAGUAAGUGAAAAAGCUGAAGAGUUUGAAGAUUGCACAGACUGGAAAACAACUUCACAUGUGAAAUUAAAUGACUUGAAAAUGGAUUCAUCUUCUCAUGGGUUCCCAGUGACCAUUUUAGAACAAACUGCCGCACAGUUAGGAUGCAGUCCAGCAGAUCAGAAACUUGCUUUGCACUUAGAUGAAGAAGAUGAGCUGAAACACCUCCGUGAAUGUUUUCAUAUUCCAAAAAUCAAGGAUCUACCUCCAACUGACUCAACUUUAGUGAAUGAAAAUGAAAGCUGCAUAUACUUUGCUGGGAAUUCUCUCGGACUUCAGCCAAAAAAAGUGAAAGCUUACCUGGAUGAAGAGUUGGAUAUGUGGGCUAGAAGAGGUGUUCAUGGUCAUUUCAGUGGUAAACGCCCAUGGGCUUUAGGAGAUGAGUGCAUCGUGGAGCUUAUGGCUGAUAUUGUGGGUGCUCAAAAGGAAGAAGUAGCCUUAAUGAAUGGCCUGACUGUUAAUCUGCAUCUCCAGAUGUUAUCUUUUUUUAGCCCUACUCCAAGUCGUUAUAAAAUUCUUCUAGAAGCCAAAGCCUUUCCCUCCGACCAUUAUGCUGUUGAGUCUCAGCUUCAGCUUCACGGACUUGAUGUGGAGAAAUGCAUGCUCAUGAUACAGCCACGCAAGGAGGAGGAGACCUUGAGAAUUGAAGAUAUCCUUGACAUAAUUGAGAAGGAAGGGGACUCUGUUGCUGUAAUUUUGCUGAGUGGAGUGCAGUACUACACAGGACAGCUGUUUGACAUCCCCAGAAUAACAAAGGCUGGCCAAGAAAAGGGUUGCUAUGUUGGCUUUGACCUGGCUCAUGCUGCUGGUAAUAUAGAACUGCAUUUACAUGAGUGGGGAGUAGAUUUUGCCUGCUGGUGUUCCUACAAGUAUUUAAAUUCUGGAGCUGGGGGCCUGGCUGGUGCCUACAUUCAUGAGAAACAUUCCCAGACUAUAAAACCAGCGCUAAUAGGCUGGUGGGGUCAUGAAUUCAAAACUAGAUUUCUCAUGGAAAACAAAUUGCAACUAAGUCCUGGAAUCAAUGGAUUUCGGUUAUCAAAUCCUCCAAUUUUAUUGGUCUGUGCACUGCAUGCUAGUUUAGAGGUCUUUGGUCAAACUACAAUGAAAGCACUGAGAAGGAAAUCCAUUCUGCUAACGGGUUACUUGGAGUAUCUGAUAAAGCAUUACUACAGUGAGGAUAAAGCAAAUCCAGAGAAACCCUUUGUAAAAAUAAUCACACCACCUCAGAUUGAGGAAAGAGGAUGCCAGCUCACACUAGUUUUUUCUGUUCCAAUCAAAUCUGUAUUUAAAGAACUGGAAAAAAGAGGAGUAGCUUGUGACAUGCGAGAACCAAAUGCUCUUCGUGUUGCCCCAGUUCCUCUCUACAAUUCUUUCCAUGAUGUACACAGAUUUAUUGAAAUCCUGGGAUCUGCAAUUACAUCUGCAAAAUAAGCAGCAAACAAUGCUAUACCAUCCUGAUCUUAUUGAUGGCUCAGCUAUAUCUUUUAAUCUAUUUCUGACUAAGAUGCAUUUAUUCUUCUGAGCAAUUCUGUCCUUCUAGUAGACUAGGCUAUAUUCACUGCAAUUUGCAACAACAACAAAAAAGGGGGUGGGGGUGAUUGAAUAGUUAUUUACAACAGACUGUACUUGUUAUUAAAGCUAAUAUUUCCUCUUGGCUUUGACUUUGACUCCACAAGUUCUUAUGAUCUGUACAUUUUAAUGGGGCUUUUCUAAAACAUUUUAUAGUUUCAUUCCAUUAGCUUGAGAAGAGGAACAAGUGAAGACUUCAAUAAAUAAAAAAAAUAAAAUAUUGUACUAUAACAAUAUGAUGUAUAACAAAGAAUGAAAUAUUAGGCUUAUUACUUCAGUAAUGUACCAAAAGUUUGCAACCUAUUUUGCAGUUUUAAUUGGCAUCAAUUCUGUUUAAAUAAAUCAUAGGUACAUUUU